AUGUGGGCUGUGGGCGGCAGACCCUUCACUUACCCGCCCAAUGUCGGCUAUCCCAUUGGCCCCGGAUACUUCACCAAGUUCGUGCUGCAGGUGCAUUUCACGAACCCCAAGGGCCGGCCGGACCUGAUCGGCAGCUCCGGGCUGUACCUGACGCUGGCGCCCUCCCUGCGUCCCAUGGACGCAUCCAUCAUGCUCACGGGCCCUGUGGCCUACGAGUACCUCAUUCCCCUCAAAACCUUCCCUAAUCCUUGCCCUUCCGCACCCCACCUUUCCCCCUUUCAGGUGCAUUUCACCAACCCCAAGGCGCGAGCUGAUCUCGUUGACAACUCCGGGCUGUACCUGAAGCUCGCCCCGUCCCUCCGUCCCAUGGACGCGUCCAUCAUGCUCACGGGCCCCGUGCCCUACGAGGGCCGCAAUGAUCUGAUCGACAACUCCGGGCUGUACCUGAAGCUCGCCCCGUCCCUCCGUCCCAUGGACGCGUCCAUCAUGCUCACGGGCCCUGUCGCCUAUGAGUAUCUCAUCCGCAUCCCCCCCGCCAUGCCCUCGUGGACGCAAGUCAGCACGUGCCCGGGCGAGUGCACUGCUGCCGUGUUCGGGAACGAGAGUGUGAAGAUCAUUGGGUCUGUGCUGCACCUUCACACUCUUGGGAGGCAGGUAAGGCCGCGAGAAGACUGUUACAGAGGUCAGGUGCACUGGACGGUGGUCAGCACGUGCCCGGGCGAGUGCACUGCCAAGGUGUUCGGGAAUGAGAGUGUGAAGAUCAUUGGGUCUGUGCUGCACCUUCACACGCUGGGGCGACAGUUGUACACGGAUGUGUUCAGGCGGGGCAGCAAGGUCGCAACUAUCAACCGCCAGGACUAUUACGACUUUGCAUCGCAGCAGUCCAUCCCCACCACGCCGGAGUUUGAGCUGCUGCCAGGGGACGAGCUGCGCACCUCGUGUGUCUGGGACUCCACUGCUCGCACCAACGUGACGCUGGGAGGGCCAUCCACGGAGGACGAGAUGUGCAUUGACUACCUCGUGUACUACCCGGCACGUCAGGGCCAAGCCCUGCAGGAUCACAUUUACCUCCACACGCCCCUCACACUCAGCAGCAUUGCAAACCGGCCUGCCCCCACUCCCUGCUGCUCCACCUUGUCACGCACCCACCCCUUGUUGUCCCCCCUUCCUCCUCCCCCCUCUCUCCCCUCCCCUGCGCACCACCCCUUUCCCUCAACCCUUGGCAGGACUCAGGCAUCUCUGGCAGACAUUCCCUCGGACACCGUCUCUGCACUGCUCUCCUCCCCCGCAACACCUGCACCUGCUGCUGCCCUCCCUCCUCCUGCCGCUGCUGCUUCACCCCCUACCGCCCCUGGCAAGGCAGCACAAGCAUCGGGACUUGCUCUCUUCCUCACCUACAAGCUCACCACCCAGGCCGGCACCCACCCCUCCUCUAAGCCCCACCUCCUCACCGCCAACCCCUGCCCCUCCUCCUCCUCCACCACCUCCACUGCCACCGCCGCCUCUCUCGCCCUCGACCCGGCUCUCUCGGCUCAGCUCGGCUCCUCUCUCACAGCCAAUCCCCUCAACGCCACCGCGGGCGCCGCUGCUGGAGCCUCAGCCAGCCUUCUUAACACCUCCGCGGGUGUUGGUGCCACAGUGGGGGCGUCUCUUCCCAACGGAACGGUGGAUGCGGCAGGAGGUGUCUCGGCUUCUACCAGCCUGAUGGGCACAUCUGCUGGUGUUGGCGCUACCAUUGGAGCGUCUCUUCCCAACGGAAUGGUGAACACAGCAGGAGGUGUCUCGGCGUCUACCGCGCUGCUCAACACAUCUGCAGGGGUGGGCGCUGGUGCCGUCGUCUCUCUCCCCAACGGCUCUGUCGCUGCAGCGGGUGAUCUCUCUGCUUCCACCGCCCUCCUCAACACAUCCGCUGGUGUUGGCACCACCGUUGGCGUCUCCCUUCCCAACGGCACUCUCUCAGGAUCCGGUUCUCUCGCUGCCUCCACCGGCCUCCUCAACACAUCCGCCGGGGUAGGAGCCACGGCCGGGGUCUCCCUUCCCAACGGCACUGUCGGUGCAACGGGCGGCGUUGCUGCGUCCACGGGGCUGCUCAACACGUCUGCUGGUGUUGGCGCCAGCAUUGGCGCUUCCCUUCCCACCGGCUCUGCCUCAGCAGCAGGAGGCCUCACUGCCUCCUCCAGUCUCCUCAACACGUCAGCCGGCGUGGGAGCAGGAGUGGGCGUGUCUCUCCCCAAUGGCUCUCUCUCCGGCUCUGCCUCCCUUGGAGCCUCCUCCCCUCUCCUCAACACCUCAGCCGGAGCCGGUGCUGCCGUCAACGCAGGCUCGGGCGGCAUCAACGCCAACCUCAGAGCCUCGGCGAACCUUGGAGGCUCGGUCUCCGGCCUCAUCUCCGGCGUGGGCGGGGCUGUGGGGAGCCUCGUUGGCUCGGCGGGGAACAUGGCAGGCUCGGUGGUAGGCUCGGUGGGCAACAUGGGAGCCUCGGUUGCAGUCUCUCUCUCCCCGAUUGCGGUGCUGAGCGGUGCGUGGGUGGGUACCAGUGGUGGCACCUACGCCAUGGUCGGGCAGACUCGAGUGUCGGCAGCGCUGGCGUCUGCCCUCGUGACCCGCAUGUCCACCAACAUGCCUAUCUUCCUGCACGUGCGCGUCGGGGCACAGGGCACCCUUGUGGCCAGGAUGGAGUAG